UAAAUGUUGUAUCUUAUUAUUCUUCUGUGGUGAAGUUUAUACUAAAAAACCUGUUCUUGAUGUGUACAGUGUCUUUCAAGUCUUCCUGAUUGUCGGGUUGGCAUUUUUGGACUUUAUGUCAUCCUUACAGACAUAUGAGUUUCAAGUUUGGCAGCUAAGUUGGCAUCUUUACUGCUGAUCUGUAGUUAGGUAUUGAAUCUUAAGUUGGGAAUUGCGCCCUUUCUUCUGUAAUUUUUGAGAUAUAAAUAUGCCUUCCUGGUGGGGGAAGUCUUCAUCCAAAGAAGAAAAGAAGAAGGCAACAAAGGAAAGUUUUAUUGACACAAUAAAUCGCAAAUUUAAGAUUGCAUCUGAGGAAAAAUCCAAAAGUAGAUCAGGAGGUGCUGGGAGACGAUAUAAUGACGCUGUUUCAGAAAGGGGAUCUCUAUCCCGAGUGCCAUCAAGAUCAACAUCACCUUCAACAUAUGUAUCACGUUGCCAAAGUUUUGCAGAAAGGGCUGCUCAGCCACUUCUACUUCCAGCAGCUCAUCUUGCUCGUCUUGGUUGCAGUGAUUCUGGAAUUAGUGCAGCAACAAAACCAAGAUUUGACAGAAGUUCCAAAACAUCACUGAUUUUACCCCUCCUAGCAUCUGGAUGUGUCUCUAACAGGUUGGAUCCUACUGAUGCUGAGGGAGAUUUAGAAGCUGCUUAUUCUUGUGACAGCUCCAGUGAUAGUGAUUAUCUACCAGAUUCUCGUCUCCUUAGUCCCUUGACUUCUCUGCAUCCACAAGCUGGAGGGGCUGUCAAUGAGUCUCGUAAUGGCCGGCCUAAUGAUGUGAAACAACAAAGCCAUCGAUUGCCCCUUCCGCCUAUAACAAUCUCUAAUACUUCUCCUUUUUCUCUCUCAUGUUCAACUGCAACAUCUCCAUCAGUCCCCAGAAGUCCAGGCAGGGUAGAAAAUCCAGUUAGCCCUGGUUCACACUGGCAGAAAGGAAGAUUGCUGGGGAGAGGCACAUUUGGACAUGUCUACCUUGGUUUUAACAGGUCUAGAAGCGGUGAGAUGUGUGCUAUGAAGGAGGUAACUCUAUUUUCGGAUGAUGCAAAGUCAAAAGAAAGUGCACAAAAGCUGGGGCAAGAAAUUGCAAUGCUGAGUCGCUUAAGACAUCCAAAUAUAGUGCGGUAUUAUGGAUCCGAAACUGUAGAUGAUAAACUUUAUAUAUACUUGGAGUAUGUGUCUGGUGGUUCCAUUUAUAAAAUUCUCCAAGAAUAUGGUCAGCUUGGUGAAGAUGCUAUACGCAAUUAUACUCAACAGAUCUUGUCUGGGCUUGAAUAUUUACAUGCUAAGAACACUGUCCAUGGAGACAUCAAAGGAGCUAACAUAUUGGUAGACCCCAGUGGCCGUGUGAAAUUAGCCUAUUUUGGGAUGGCAAAGCAUAUCACUGGGCAGUCUUGUCCUUUAUCAUUCAAGGGAAGCCCUUAUUGGAUGGCACCUGAGGUCAUAAAGAAUUCAAAUGGUUGCAAUCUUGCUGUUGAUAUAUGGAGCCUUGGUUGUACUGUUUUGGAGAUGGCGACCACCAAACCACCUUGGAGUCAGUAUGAGGGGGUGGCCGCUCUGUUCAAGAUAGGAAACAGUAAGGAACUCCCUGCUAUUCCUGAUCAUCUCUCAGAUGAAGCAAAGGACUUUGUGAGGCUCUGUUUGCAACGGAACGCAGCUUGUCGUCCUACAGCAGCUAUGCUUUUAGAACACCCUUUUAUUAAAAAUGCUGCCCCAUUGGCUAGGAACCCAGCUGUGACUUUCGGUCUGGUUUUGGCUAGGAAGCUAUCCCGCACGAGGGCUGUUUUCUACAUGAUCAUGCAAUGCCUUGGUGCCAUCUGUGGUGCUGGUGUUGUGAAGGGCUUUGAAGGUUCUGGAAACUAUGAAAGGUUGCAUGGUGAAGCCAACUUUGUGAACCAUGGCUACGCCAAGGGUGAUGGUGCUAUGUGCUGCCAUUCAUGAUAACUUGCCACUUAGUUACACUAGAGGGAGGUGGAACGUGGAUUGACUUAGUCUACUUUAGUUAUUUGUUUGUUCCGAAUAAUAAGCCACACUUAACUAUACUAGCCGGAAGAGGAAUGUGGAUUGACUUAGUCUAAUUUAAAUAGUUGUUUAUGCAUGUAUAUUAAGUCACGAAAGCCAUGAAAUGUUAGUGGAUAACUUUGCUUUCCUAA